GUGGGAAAUGCCAAGUUGUUGAACUCAGUGGAGAAAACAUCAACAUCACAUACAAACAUGAUGGCACUCACAUAGCUGUUGGAAAUAAGGAGGAUGAGCUAACCAUAGUGGAUGUUCGGAAGCUAAAACCCGUCCACAAACAGAAGUUCCCUUACGAGAUUAAUGAGAUUGCAUGGAAUAAAACUGGAGAUUUAUUCUUCAUAACUACUGGGCUUGGAUUUGUUGAGGUGGUCAACUAUCCUUCCCUUGAUGUUGUCUGCAAAUUAAAUGCCCAUACAGCAGGGUGCUAUUGCAUAGCAAUGGAUCCCCUUGAUAGGUAUUUUGCUGUUGGAAGUGCAGAUUCACUUGUCAGUCUUUGGAAUGUCAAAGAGCUGCUAUGCAUUAAAACCUUCACAAAACUUGAGUGGCCUGUCAGAACAGUUAGCUUCAAUCACACUGGAGAAUUUAUUGCAUAUGCCAGUGAAGAUCCUUUCAUUGACAUUGCCAAUAUUCAGACUGGACGAUCAAUUCAUCAGAUUCCAUGUAAAGCAGCUAUGAAUAGUGUUGAAUGGAAUCCUAAAUACAACCUCCUGGCUUAUGCAGGAGAUGACAAGAAUAAGUACCAGGCUGAUGAUGGUGUUUUCCGAAUAUUUGGUUUUGAAAGCACAUAAUCUGAUGCGGACCGGAUUAUCACCAGCAAGUUGUCUCUGUAGAUUCAGUUAUCUGGCCUUACAAAUGUAACUCCAUUUUUUUGUCAGCUUGAUUGAGGUGUUUGGUUUGAGGGACUGGAUGAUGAAUGCACCCCUGUUUGGUUUGAGGUAUAGACUCUGCAUGCAUCAAGCUAGUUCUAAAUGAUGGAUUAGGUAAUUUGACCAAUUUUAAGAGAUUAUCCAGCGAUGGACCGAGCUGUGAUGGUCAAGGUGAUUUUCUCAAACCAAACAUCCCAGAACCAACAGUGUUGUUGUAUUGUACCAUAUGUGAUUACUAGAGAACAACUUGGCAUUGUAUCUUAUCCAACAGAACAUUACUGAAACAUAUUAAAGUAAAA